CUUGCUCGGACGGCAUCGAUUUCUCGGGCACAUGUCAUCGUGCUCUUACCAGGUGACCACGACUCUUGUCAUGCAAUCGUCAUUGGGCAGGAUGGCACUUGCACGUGGGUCCCCCUCCCUGACUUGAGCCCCGAAGAGCUUGGCAAGUACGCGAUGGCGAUGAAGAAUGCCAGUCUUGCGUAUAGGAGGGAGAUGCCCCAAUGCGCUGUUCAGCUUCGUCUGAUGAUCAAGAAGAAGCCGACGAGUCGGAAGCCCGUAGAAAGUGGCAAUGCAAUCCUCACGCAAUUAUGGAAUGCGGUAGUGAAACCUAUUGUAGCGGCAUUGAGCCUUCAGAAAGCCACUGGACGCAAGCGACCGAGGGUCAUCUGGAUACCGACUGGUCCCUUUGCGUUCGUCCCCGUUCACGCCGCCGGGGUCUACGCGGAUGGUGGACACGACUGCUGCAGUGACUACUUUGUGUCCUCGUACGCCCCGACGUUGAGCGCCCUUCGAAAUGCACAGAGGAAGUUGAAACCGAUCGCUCGGAGCUCGACGAAAAUCCUUCUGGCCGCCGCCCCUUCGCCGUACGAUCCUCAAUGGCAGCCUUUACCAUAUACAAUGCACGAACUUGCGGAAAUCGACUCUGUAGUGCCUCGAGACGCGUUUCUCUCUCUGCCGCCCGAAGACGACGCAAGCAGAGGGGACGAAUGCGGCGCGCGUGUCCAGACUGUACUGAACGAGCUCCCGAACGCGACCAUCCUCCACCUCGCCUGCCACGGAUACCAGGAUCCCAAAAAUCCGCUCGCGAGCGGCUUCCUGCUACGAGACGAGAUGCUGACCAUCGCCAAGCUAAUGCCGAAGUCACUUCCAAAUUCAUUCCUCGCCUUCCUCAGCGCAUGCGAGACCGCGAAGGGCGAUGCUAGCCAGCCGGAUCAGGCAGUGCACCUUGCGGCAGCAAUGUUAUUUGCGGGCUUCAAGAGCGUCAUAGCUACUCUGUGGUCAAUGGGAGACGUGGAUGGACCGUUGGUGGCGCGGACCGUAUAUGAGGAGCUGUUUCACGGCGAUUCUGAUUAUUUGGACCCCCAGGUCGUCCCUUACGCCCUCGAUACUGCGAUGCAGAAGCUGCGAGCAAUCGAUCCUACCCCUAGUCGAUGGGCGCCAUACAUCCAUAUUGGCUGUUAGGGCUUGCAAUAAUGCCUGCAAUGGAAGCAUGAAAAUAUACACUAUCCCGGUUUCUCACAUAAUGACCUUAUAACCUCCAUAUGCAUAUAUGCAGUGAAGCUGGCAAGAUGAAAACACGCAAUUCUCAAUAAUCCAAAACCCACCCAGAGAGCUCCAGAUUUACAGUCUCUGGGUCAACGACGGUAGCACUGUCACCGCUUCAACGUCUGCGUGAUCGCCACUCCUCCAACGAUGUUCGAACAUCAUCCCAGACGAAGGCGCCCAUUCGGAUACAUUUCGGUUCCUGCCCAUUCUCCUGCGGAAUCCUGAGGUCUCCAAAGUCGCCCGCCCACCCCCCGCCCAUCUUGCGCUCGUAAAACGUACACGCCCGGGCGUUCAGCUCGCGCGAGGUAGUCAAGACAGCCCUUCUCGAGCCCCGACAUAUAUUGCCGUCAAGCCGCAAGGGCGGCUGUCGCACCAGCGCCUCCCCCAACGCCGCCGCCAUCAGACUUGGCGCAAGGCCGGUUGUCGACGGGUGCACGAAGAGCAUGUACAGCUCGAGCAUCAUCUCUCUUUCAUCCGCAUGUUUCGGAACUUCGAGCAAUUCAGCAAGGCCUUCAUGCUCUUCCUCGUCCCACAGCACGGGACCUGCGCCGGAGUAGCCCAAAAUAUCGCCGCCGGUGCUGCGGACGGCGACGACGAACACCGCGCGAGGAUCUCGCUCGGCGCGCUCGUGUUCCGCCGUGCGCCAUCUGAGAAGGAAGUCACGGCGCUCUGGCAUAGAGAAGAAAGGAUCAACCUUCGCAUAGAAUGUUUGCCAUGAUUCCCAGAGGAGGUCCACGAUGCCGGGAAUGUCUGCUUGGGUGGCAACGCGUAUCACGGGCUCUUUGGCAUCCAUGAGUGCGUU